AUGAUACAAUUUUCAGGGGAGGUGCCGGAGAACAAGGUGAAUGUGGUCGUGACCAACCUGACAGUGUUGGACAGGGAUCAGCCCCACAGCCCCAACUGGAACGCUGUGUACCGCAUCGUCAGCGGAGACCCCUCGGGACACUUCACCAUCCGCACCAACCCCAUCACCAACGAGGGCAUGCUGACGGUGGUCAAGCCCGUGGACUUUGAGAUGAAUCGCGCCUUCAUGCUGACCGUGGUGGUUUCCAACCAGGCCCACCUGGCCAGCGGCAUCCAGUCCUCGCUCCAGUCCACAGCGGGGGUCACCAUCUCGGUCCAGGAUGUGAACGAGCCUCCAGUCUUCCCUGUUAACCCCAAGCUGAUCCGCUUUGAGGAGGGGGUGCCGGCCGGGACCACUCUGACCGUGUUCGCUGCUCAGGACCCCGACCACUUCAUCCACCAGUUCGUCAGGUACUCCAAGCUGUCAGACCCAGCUAACUGGCUGAAGAUCAACAGGACCAACGGGCAGAUCACCACCAUGGCGCUGCUCGACCGGGAGUCCAUGUACGUCAAAAACAAUGUGUACGAGGCCACGUUUCUGGCGUUCGACAAUGGUAAGUCCGGCUCGCCCCAAGCCAGCGGGACAGGAACUCUCCAGAUCUACCUGAUCGAUGUGAACGACAACGCCCCGGUGCUGGUGCCCCGGGAGGCGCAGGUGUGCGAGCGAGCGCGCCCCAACUCCAGGGUCAACAUCACCGCCUCAGACGCCGACGCAGACCCCAACGUGGGGCCCUUCGUCUUCGAGCUGCCUUCUUUUCCCGCCAGCGUUCGACGCAACUGGACUAUCUCCAGGAUCAGCGCUGAUUACACCCAGCUGAAGCUAAGGAUUCCUUACCUGGAGGCAGCGGUGUAUGAGAUCCCGAUCAUCGUGCACGAUUCGGGGAACCCUCCUCUGUCCAACCGCUCUCUGAUCAGAGUCAAAGUUUGUCCCUGUGAUGAUAACGGGGACUGCAGCGCCACGGGCGCGGUGGCCGCCGCCGGCCUCGGCACCGGCGCCAUCAUCGCCAUCCUCAUCUGCAUCAUCAUCCUGCUCACCAUGGUUCUGCUGUUUGUGGUGUGGAUGAAGCGCAGAGAGAAGGAGCGGCAGGCGAAGCCGCUGCUGAUCGACCCCGAGGACGACGUCAGGGACAACAUCCUGAAGUACGACGAGGAGGGGGGGGGAGAGGAGGAUCAGGACUACGACCUGAGCCAGCUGCAGCAGCCCGAGUCUUUAGAGCACAUCAUCAACAAGCCGGCGGGGGUGCGCAGGGUGGACGAGAGACCCGUAAUCGCUGAGUCACAGUACCCCGUCAGACCCAGCCUGCCCCACCCUGGAGAUAUCGGAGAUUUCAUUAACGAUGGUCUGAGGGCAGCGGACAACGACCCCACAGCCCCUCCCUACGACUCCCUGCUGGUGUUCGACUACGAGGGCAGCGGCUCCACCGCCGGCUCCGUCAGCUCGCUGAACUCCACCAGCUCAGGGGACCAGGACUACGACUACCUCAACGACUGGGGCCCUCGCUUCAAGAAGCUGGCCGACCUCUACGGGGGAGGGGACGACGACUGAGAGCGGAGCGGGGGCCGGGGGGGCAGCGGCAGGGGAGGGAGAGGCGGGUCGGUUGAAUGGAUGCUCCUCGAAAAACCACUGGCAGGGGCCACGAACACCACGCAGUGUGAGGAACAGACCCUCACACGGGCUGCGUUGGUUUGCUCACAGCGACCGAGCUCACAAACAUGAACUCCGCUGCAACGCGACUGUAUUCUGGCUUUAUAUUUUGUAGUGGCGAGUUUGUAGUGUGACGUUUUUUUUUCUUUUCUUUUUGUCGUUCUCUCACCGCGCUGGACCCGGAUCUCUGGGGACGAAUCAAGGCGGUCGUGAGAGACACGAGUAGUGACUUUGUGCUUUGAUUUUUAAAAACGACACCAUCUCUUGCUUUAGUCUCACACUGAAGAGAAUGUUUGUGGGAAGACGCUCUCUGACUCUCUUUCACUCUGUCAACUUGAAUUUCCUUAGAACAGAAGCACUGUCAUUUUAUAAAGUGCCUUUUGUGCUGUGUUUUUGUAUCAGACUCCUGCUAUCUCAGGAUCGGUUGCCAUUCGUGCAGUACAGUGGAGGUGCGCUCUCACCCCACCCUCCCACCCCUCUGCGCUCCUCACACCUGCCUGUCCACCCCCCUCCCCCCCCUCCCUCCUUCAAAGUGGUGCAGAUGAACAACCCCCAGUCCCAGGAGGGAAGGACACAACCAGGGCAGACUACCGGAUAUCAUAACCCACUGAAUUAUGGCCUAAAAGAAGCCAAUAACAGUUUUUCUCCAAGGACCUGCUCAGUUUGACUUUCACAAGCAUCACCUGUCGACACGCUGACAUUGUGUGAAACCAUUUUUAUACAUGUGGGGAUUUUCUAAUUUAGUGGAGAAUGCCUGCCUUUCCUCUGUGGAUUCAUGAGUUAGGAGCCUUUAUGUUGAGAUGCUUGCCUGCCCUGUAUGGUUUUGUGUUGCUUUCUCCACAGUGUAAAGCUUAUGUAGGCAUGAUCUGAGUAGUCAGACAGUGUUAAGAGAGUGGAACUUGAAAAGACUUGGAAAAAAGGCAUCUGAGAACGAUUUGUUUGUCGCCUUGAACAUUCCCGUUUUUUAUAGGCUAUUAAAAAGGUGCAUGAUUUUUUUUCUUUUUUUAAAAAUGUUUUACUCAAAGCACUUGUUACUAUGUGGUGAGAAUGUGAAAAUAGUCAGCGGAAACGAUAUGAAUAUACUCUGUAUAAAGACACUGAGAAAAGAAAAAUACUGUAAGAUACCUAUUUUUGAAGUAUUGAUGACUUAAAAGUUGCUGCUCUUUCUCCGGCUCUUCAUCGGGCUUAGGGGAUUUUUGGCCUAUUCAUUUGUCGUGUGGAUAUUUGAGUUUAUUUGUCUUUUGUUAAACCAUAAUUAUUUUUUAAGAUGCCUGCUUAUUCAUGUUUGGUUCAGUUUUUGCUAUUAUUUUCUUCUUCUGGGAUUGUUUUCUAAAAAAUGCUUUGUACUCCUUUUAUAUGUGAAAACACAGCCUUUCCCUUCACUCUGUAUCGUCUCGGACAGAUUGUUGGCUUCUGGCCUCGGGACAGUGGACGGUUCAUUAGCCAUGCCUGCUGAUAGUUGUUCUAUUAUUCAGUGUCCUGGAAUUAUUUUAUUCAUUCAUCUAGAUACUGGAUGUGUGUUUCAGAAAAUAAACAAGACAUGUUU